AUGGUCAAGCUGCUGGUGGAGAGGGGUGCAGAGGUGAACUACGCGCGGAAAUGGAACUUCCGUCGGACACCCCUACAAAGAGCCGCCGAAAAUGGCAACUUCGAUAUCGUCCAGUAUCUUGUCAAUCAAGGAGCCAUCAUCGAUACAGUUCCCGUGUAUUCAGGUGGCACUGCAUUCCAACUUGCUGCGAUGAAUGAGUACGUCGGCAUACCUACCUUUCUCCGAGAACGAGGCGCCGAUCCAAACUAUCUGCCUGCUGAAGGCGAUGGAAGAACCGCUUUUGAGGCGGCAGCGGAAUGGGGUCGUAUCGACACGAUGACGUUCCUGAUGAAGGCAGGCGUCUUACUCGAUCUGGAAGUUGGGGAUCCUCCGCGAAGUCAAUACGAACGGGCUGUGCACUUUGCGGAGAAGAAUGGUAAGAUGGCUUCGAAGCGAUUUGUUGAACAUAUUUAUGCACAGAUUGCAAUUGGGGAGGAGCUGAGCUGA